CACAGCCGACUGGCCGGUUGCCAUGGUGCCGGUCCACCGCCAUGUCGGUUCACCGAGUGAAGUCGCGCUCAGGCCGCUCGCAGGUCGACAGCCCAACGUCUCAGAGCGGACACAGCACAAAGAGCAACCUGCCUUCCCAAAAAAUCUCCGACAAAACCCUGGCAGAAGACCAGGCGGAUGGAAAGGUUCCUGGUGUGCAUAGAGAAAACACACUCGCCUGGAAAUUUAUUUCCUCUGAACAAAUCUCUGAUCUAAUCCAACUAACAGUGGAUGGAGUCCAAAAAAGAUUGGCGGAAAUUCUACAGCUCAGCCUUUUCGAGUAUUGCAUGAAACAAGGCAUCCUCUUGGAUUAUUAUGUUUCUGGGUUUUGGUGGGCAAAAGAACAGAACUUCACAAUGAUACAAAUAUCUACGUUCAUGACUCUAUUGAAAACCAUUUUGGCGAAUGUCGGUGAUGCUAUCCUGAAAUGUCAGAAUACAUCCCAGGAUCAUCAUAGAAAUGAGAAACGCUUGUCAUUGCUAGAUAAUUUAAAAGAACUCAAGAACAUCAUGGCUAAAAUUGUUCAGUCAAGCUCAGAAAAGAGUGAUGAUGGGGAAUUCUUUACCGUCGACCAAGGCAAAGCCAUUAUUAGUUACAUGAAGAUCAGUUUAUUUCAGCAUUACAAACUGUAUGAGUUCCUUUACAAUCAAACUCCAGAUAUACAGAUUCUAGACACGAAGGAGACAAAGCCCAAACGUAUGUGUACGAACCCUAAACUAAGAUGUUAUUCUUGUUUUAAGCUUGAUGUAGAAGUCAUCAAAUCAGUUGAUCCUUUCCCUUCUCCGCUGGAGGAGAGUUUAACCUGGGAUAUCUACUCCUCCUACGUUUUGUCACAGUCACCAGAGGAAUUCGUAGAGGAGGCUGCAGUGGAAGCUGAGGAGAGCAAUGAAGAAGCCCAGAUCACACCUGUGGAUCCUUUGGCAGGUUACACCAUAGAUGAUGUCAAAUCAAUACUGGGUGAAAUAACAGCAGAUGUGCUCAGGAAUUUACAGACUGAGAUAAAUGAAAGACUUCAGAAACAGGAAGAGGCCUACACUGUGAGAAUCAACAAACUUAUCCAGCACUGAGAUAUGCGGCAGGAGGAUCUGUCUCUCAACGUUGUCGACCAUGAGGAUAUGCUGCUUGUGAGCUAAUUUCUUUUCAAAGUAGGUUAUAACAAGGGUAGAUAUCAAAAGUCUUUAUUUUGUUCACAAAAACAUAUUUGGCGUUUUGUUUGGGGAGAAUUUGGAGCCAUGCAUCAUGUUUGUUGUGUCUUAGUUCUGUAAUGUGGCCUUACAUGUUGUAUGUAAACAAGUUGUGGCUUAUUUUUGAAUGUGGUGCCUAUUAAAACUACUUCUGUUGAAA